ACUGCCAGAGUUAAUCUUUCACGAGCACCUUAUGCAGGCUCAUUACUUUUCGGGGAAGAGGCAUUAAGGGCAGUGCUUGUCGACCCUAAGGACACUCGAAAGCCUGUCUUGGCCACCGUCAAAAAUGUCGAGCGCAGACCCUUUAGGCGUUUCUCUUCAUAUCGCAUGUCUCAGCCCUUUCGGGGAACCUGGCCCGGGGGACGAGGCCGUGACUUCCCAGCAUUUGACUUCCGCUCCACCAGAGGAGGCUGGAAUAGACGUUUCCCCAGUAGAGGCCCACGGCUGGCUAGUCAACUUCGACAAAAGCCAUCUACAACCAACCCAACGCCUGCAGCAUCUAGGGGCAAUGUUAGACACACUGCAAGCGACUGUAUUCCUGUCCCCAGAUCGCAUCACCGCUAUCACAGACAUCGCAAGGUCUCUGAUGCACAAAUUUUCUGCAGAUGUCAUGCUUCUAGCCAGGGCUCUCGGAAUGUUGGUAUCCACCAUCCAUAUUGUGCCAUGGGCUCGGGCACAUACGCGCCAGCUACAGUGGGCCCUGUUGCCAUUCCAACAUGACAUUGCCAACUCAAACCAUCGAGCAAUCCCCCUGAGUCCCACACUGCGCUUGUCUUUCCGCUGGUGGACAAGGGUACAACAUCUCACCCAAGGCACUCCGUUCAGAGAACCCCACCGGACUGUCAUUACCACCGAUGCCAGUCUCCUGGGUUGGGGAGCCCACUGCAACUCCCAGUUCGUCCAGGGAGUUUGGAACACAGCAGAACAAACUCAAAACAUCAACUGGCUGGAAUUAAAGGCUGUCCACUUAGCUCUGCUUCAUUUUCAGUCUCUCUUCCACUUGGACCAUGUCCUCAUUCGAACGGACAACACGUGCGCCAAAUCUCAUUUAAACAGACAGGGAGGCACCAGGUCCAGACCUCUACAGAGCCUAGCUUCCAUCAUAUUCGACUGGGCAGAACAACAUCUGCAAUCCCUCAAAGCAGAACAUCUCAGAGGAAUUUGGAAUUUCACAGCAGACUGGCUCAGCAGACAAGUCUUUCCGGGAGAAUGGAAACUUCAUCCGACUGUGUUCCAUCUUCUCCAGCAUCGAUUCGGCCCCUUCUCAGUCGACCUCUUUGCUUCCAGUCGCAAUUGCCAGCUACCCAGGUACUUCGCUCGAUACCUGGACACGACAGCGGAAGCGGUGGAUGCUCUGUCAUUGCCGUGGCCGGAGGGACUAUUAUACGCCUUCCCUCCAAUACCACUAUUAGCCAAAACCUUGCAGAAGGUACGUCGCGAGAGGGCACAGCUGGUUCUGAUAGCACCAUAUUGGCCCCGUCGACCGUGGUUCUCGGAUCUCCUGGCACUGUCGGUGACGGAUCCCUGGCCACUCCCAGUCAGGCCAGAUCUCUUAUCACAAGGCCCAGUAUGGCAUCAGGACCCCAAGUGGCUCAACCUAACAGCGUGGCAUUUGAACGGGGACAUUUGAGAUCGGCCGGCCUGUCAGACGCUGUUAUUGACAUUAUUUUGGCCUCGAGAAGACCAUCCACCACUCGUAUAUAUCAGCAUACUUGGGUAGCAUUCUCCAGGUGGUGUCAGUCUCAACACAUCGAUCCUUCCAAGGCUACAGUACAACAAGUGCUGCUAUAUCUUCAUAGGGGCCUCAUGUUGGGACUUAGACCCAACACAUUAUGUCGACAUGCGUCCACCCUGUCGUCCAUUCUUUCAGUAUCUUCCACUGACGCCCCUAUUGCCUCACAUCCGUUUAUCAAACGCUUCCUUAGAGGCACUGCUCUACGCUCGCCGGCUGUAGCUCACCGUUUUCCAUCAUGGAGUUUGUCAAAGGUUCUACAGGCCUUACAACGUCCUCCGUUUGAGCCACUCAGGACUGUGGCUUUACGUCUGUUGUCUUUCAAGGUCCUGUUCCUGAUUGCGAUUACAUCGGCGAGAAGAGUCUCGGAACUGGGCGCAUUGUCUUCUGCUCGCCACCUCUGUGUCUUUCACAAGGAUUCUGUUGUGCUGAAAACUGAUCCUUCAUUCCGUCCCAAGGUCAAUUCAGUUUUCCAUUGCAACCAGGACAUUGUUCUACCUUCAUUUUGUCCGAAUCCUACUCAUCCGCUCGAGAAGGCUUGGCAUUCGUUGGAUGUUCGGAGGGCUCUCAAGACCUACCUGUCCAGGACCCAGGAUAUACGACAGACUGAGUCUUUGUUUGUAUCCUUUCAUCCAAGGUCUAUGGGGCAUAAAGUAGCUAAUUCCACCUUAUCCCGCUGGUUGCGUGCAUGUAUUACCUUAGCCUAUGAGUCCCUUAAGAUUCCAGUUCCGCCUAGUAUAACAGCUCAGUCCACUAGAUCAGCAGCCACUUCGGCUGCUUUUGCUACUAACGCUCCUGUUGCCGAUAUUUGUAGAGCUGCUGUUUGGUCUACUCCACACUCGUUCAUAAGGCAUUAUAAAAUAGAUCGUUAUGCCUCUGCCGAUGCCUCAUUUGGCAGACGAGUUUUGCAACAGGUUCUUAAUGACGACUAGUAUGUGGGUGGUCCCUCCCGGUUAUGGGCUGCUUUGGUACAUCCAGCAUGAUGGCAUUCCUCCUAUGGAAAAUGGACCAUUGGUCUCACCUGAAGGGUGAUUUUCAUAGGAGAAUGCCAUCAUGACCCUCCCAGUUGGAGGAUAACUACAUAAUUUUUGGGAUGGUUUAUAUAUUACAGUUCGUCAUUAUAUUAUAUUAUAUUACAUUAAAUUUUAAUUCUCUAGUGAAGUCAAGACUUCUAUUACUGUUUUCGCUAGGUUAGAGUCAGAUAUUAUUAAUGUUACUAUUAUUAUGUUAUGUUCUUGCUGCUAGGCCCGUUGGCCUUUUUUCCUGCAUGUUUAGAUAUAUCUCUUUGGACUCGCUGCGAAUGAACUGGAGAGUGGGAGGGGCCUGACGCCCUAGUCUUGACUUCAGAAACAUUCUUGCCUUUGGACGAUAGGACGAGCUAUAAUCCAGCAUGAUGGCAUUCUCCUAUGAAAAUCACCC